AUGCGACAUUCAUCAACAGCCAAUCAUGAUAGUGAUCAUAACCACGCAUCAACAACAACAACAAUAAUAAACGGAAUGAAUGUUCAUAACAACAAUAACCAUCAUCCUCCAAAGCGCUCAUUAGAGGACUACGGUUUUCAAAGUAAUUUCAAACGACGACGACAUCUUUCACCACAAAAUGCCAACAUCGACAUAAACAAUGCUAAUGAUUCCACAUCUUUGACUCCCAUAAAGAAAAAAACGAGAACAAAAUCAAAAAAUCAAUCGGUUUUAAAUUCAUCGUUGGAAGCAAACUAUGAACGGAAUUCAAUCAACGAUAUUCAGACACCUCGUAAAACAUCAUCUCGACAUGCGAUUUCAUCUCAGCAAAUGACUGAAAUUAGUUUACCUAAUUGGCAAAACAUAUGUCCAAAUAUUGAUCAAAUACUCUCGAAUAAACACACGCAAUCUGGUGUAUUUGCACAUGAAGUUCAAUUGGUUCAACAAGAAUUAGAAGCACUUCUAUCAAUGUCGAUCGUUAGAGAAAAUAUUCUUCGAGAUAUUUGCAAUCCACCUGCGAAUAAUUCGGAUACAAUACGUUCGAAAAUUCGCAAACAUCAAGAGGCCGAACGCGUCUAUUCGUCAAAGAAACUCGUGAAAAAGCCAUUACCAUCGUUAACCAAUUCUCAUCAUCAUCAUCAUCAUCAUCAGCGACAGAAUGCGACACAUGUCCUACUUGACAGACAAGUAGCCAUGCAACCAAUACUCGGCGCACGUAUUGAUCAAAUCUGGUCGGAUAUUAAUACGUAUUAUCGUAAAAUAUCAUCAAAUGAUAUAUCUACGAUUGAGAAUCUAGUCGAAUAUCAUCAACAUUUAGAAAAGAAAUUCGAAGAGAUAAAGUCGAAUUACGAUGAGCAAUCGAAGUUGAUCGAAAAAUUAACCGAAGAAAAUUAUCAACAAUUAAUCGAAUUCUCACAAGUCAAUCCAUUGGUAACGCAUUAUGUUGAUCGAACAACAUUAGGAUCAUUUCAAUCAAAGAUUUACGAACAUAUGGGACGAACGUCUCCUGUUUAUCGUACGCCGAUUUCCAGUCCUAUGCAUGGCAAAGCCAUAAGUAAUCAUUUUGAUGUAAAAGAUAUCAAUGCCGCUUUAAGAAUUUCAUCACGAUUACAUUCGAAUGAAAUUUCAAAUGCUCGAACAGGAUUAUUUUCACUACCAAAUAUUAAAGUUGAAGACGAUCCGGAAGCAUCAGCAUUGCCAUUAAAAUCGAAAAAGAAAAGCAAAUUGAUAUCCCAUCCAUCAUCAGCGAUGAAAUUUCAACAGCAAUUACAAUUAGUUCAGGAUUAUUUAACCGAUCAACAUCCUAACCCAACGGAAAAUGCGAAAAGGCAAUUAUUUCACGAAAUGAAGUCAACAAAAAAACGCAAAACAUCUCUUUCUAUAUCCACACCAAUGAUAAUCAACAAUGUCGAGCCUUGUACAGAUAUAUUUCAAUCGAAGAUAUCGAUGUCAAUAGAUUUAUUACACGAAUGUUCAACAAUCAGUUCUUGUGCACUGAAACGUGCACGUUUACUAUCAGAUAAUGAACAAACUUGGCAAAAACUAACGGCAAUCGAACGCGAUUUAGAAGCUUUAAUUACUAAACUGAAUGUCACCGGUGGUUAUGCGAAUAGUUCAAGUACGGAGAAAGCAUUUCAGAAUCUUGCUCAACUAUUAUCAGAUUGGCAAAAAUAUGAAGAAGAAUUUGACCAACAAUUAGAAGAAUUAGUGUGCAUUGAUCAAUCAUAG